AUGGAAGAAAGUGUUCUAGGAAAAGAGAACACACCCAUCCACCCAUUCAUCCACCCGUCAUUCAUCUAUCGAUCCAUCUAUCCAUCCAUUCACUCAUCUACCCAUAUAUCCACCCAUCAUCCAUCUGUUCACUCAACCUCCAUCUAUCCAACUAUUCAUUCAUCCAUCCAUCCACCCAUCCACCCAUCUAACCACCCAUUAUGUAUCCAUCCAUCCAUCCACCCAUCCACCAAUCAAUUCACACAUUAUCCAUCCAAACAUCUCUCCAUUCAUACAUUUAUCAAUCCAUUCAUUCACUCAUCCAUCCAUACAUACACACAUACAUCAUCCAUCCAUCUGCCCAUUAUCCAUCCAUCCAUCCAUUCACCUAUCCAUCCACCCAUCCAUUUACCCAAAAUUCAUCUAUCCAAUCACCUGUCCAUCCACAUAUCCAUCCAUCCACCCAUCCAUCCACCCAUCCAUCCAUCCACCCAUCCAGCCAUCCACUCAUCCACCCAUCAUCCAUAUAUUCACCCAUCCAUCCAUCCAUCCACCCACCCAUACAGUCAUCCAUCCACUCAUCGAUCCACCCAUAAUUCUCCAUCCACCCAUCCCUUCAUUCAUCCACCCAUCCGUCCAUCCAUCCAUCCACCCAUUACACAUCCAUCCAUCCAUCCAUCCACCCACCCAUCCACCCAUCUAUCCACCCAUUAUCCAUCCAUCCACUCAUCCGUUCACUUAUCC